GGUAGCCAUUCACCAUAGUGUACUAAAACAUCAUGGAAGUGUGUCCAGUCAUCUACCUAGUAAUGACAAUGAUGGGCGGAUGUAUGGCCGAGCUGGUCAUAUACCCUGCACCUCCGACCAUGGAGUCAUCAGAUAAGUAUGAGGUAUUGGUAGGUCUCGGGGAUCCAUUAUUGGGUACCUUCACUUACAAGACGACCUCGAACCACAGACAUAUCGAGAACCACUACGUCCAUCCCAACCGGUCCGUGUCCUGGUCGUCUUUUGCAUUCAGUCGUGGUCCGGUAAUCGUUGAGGUCAGGACGCAGAAGGACUUCAGUCAGUGUCUGGUUCGCCCGGUAAGUUACAAGUACGCCUGCAGUAGGGUGGGGAACAAGACGGCUAGGUUUACAGUGACUCGGAAUUCUACUAUGAUGUCUGUAGAGUUUGAUAAUGACUACGGCAGUUGGAAGUCCGACAUAGUCGACAAGCUGCUGAUAUUUGCAGAACCUUUGGAGAGAGAUGUUCCUUCUAAGAGUGACCCCUCGGUAAUGUUCUUUGACGUCGGUGUGCAUUAUCUUGACGGUCAAGUCAGAUUAAACUCGAGUAUAAAAGAAGUUUACAUCAGUGCUGGAGCUUUCGUUGAUGGAGGGUUCAUCACCACGGACAACACAAAGGUCAAGUUCCAUGGAAGAGGGAUCUGUUCAGGCCGCAAGUACAAAUUUCAUGACAAGCGAUUUCAGUGGUCGUUGAUCAACACUGCACAAGGCACUAAUCACACAAUUGAAGGCAUAACGUUAAGUGAUCCCCAACAGUUUUUCAUAUUCGCCCAAAGUCCCAACAACAUCAUUAAACAGGUCAAGAUGGUGGGCGCCUGGCCUUACAAUACUGACGGUAUUGAGAUGGGCGUUGGUGGUUUGGUGGAGGACGUGUUCAUUAUGGCCAAUGACGACUCACUCAAGGUGUACAACAACGAUAUGACGAUACAGAGAGUGGUCAUCUGGCAAAUGCAAAAUGGUGCCGUAUUCCAAACCGGCUGGUGGACGGAACGUGACCUUCACAGAGUCAGCAUCAGCAACAUCGACGUCAUUCACACGGACUGGUGUACAUUCCACGACCCCGACUGUGGUAUGCUUAGUAGAAACAAUGCAGUGUUCGAUCUGGCUGGAAACGUCAAGGUCAUCAACAUGUAUAAUGUGUCGUUUCAAAACAUUCGUCUUGAAGGUUUUUGUCCUCGUUUUGUUUUCUGGACCAUGCCGGCAGGGAUCAAUGGAACUUCAUCCAAUGUACGAUUUAUAGAUGUCUCGGUUGGUUCACAGCCAAGUAGUGGCCAGCUCAUGAAUGAAAUAUCAGGUUAUAAACCCAACGGCUAUGUGUCCGAUUGGCUAUUUGCUAAUUUGUCUGUAAGCGGACGAUGUAUUGCUACACCUAACGCUGGGAGAUUCGUAAUUGAUAAUUCAACAACAUCAAAUAUUAAGUUUUCGUGUUAGACAUGCUACUUAGAAUUAGAAAUGAUUAAAAGAAAUGAUGAUACAAAUAAUCCAGACGUGUUUCAGGCGUAUAGUUGUUGAUUCUGUUCGCAUGUCAUGUUAAUUAAUACUGUUUUUUUAACGUGGCCUUAAUAAACCAUCAUUAAAAUUAUUCUUACAUAUAAACUGUGGGGCAAAAGAAACUAUAGCUCUCAAUUGUAUUAUAUGUUUGAUUUUCAUUUAUUAAUAUCUCUAGUUAGUGAUAUUAUAUAUAAAAAGGUGACUUUAUUUGCGCUUAGUCAGCACUCAAAGAAUACUUCUAGAUGAUUUUUAUUUUUUUUUACAAUAAUUUGAUUUAAAUUUUCUUAAAUUAAGAAACAAAAUUCGGAUAGUAGACAACUGCCGAUGGGUAUCUUAGACAUCUUAUAUUUUAUAGUUUUUCGCACAAAUUUACAUUUCAUGGUAGGGGAUAACUUACAGGAACGAUUGAUCAGACAUAAUCCAAUUUAACAACAGUUCUUUUAAUUUUAAGUUACAUAAAAAACAAACUCGGUAUAAUUUUUUUGCCGGUCAGUUUAGCUUGUGUGUGUUGAUGCUGAUGUCUCAUAAAGACCUUGCUCCCACAAUCA